UCCCCUCCUUCUCUACGACCCCCUACGCCUGCAAGGACGGCGACCACGAUGGCCUCUGAACCUCAUAACGUUCCCGCGCCGUUCACCACUAAACUCAGCCCUGAACAAGUGGUCGAGUACCGUAAGCGCAAGGUCGCGCUGAUCUCUGGUAUCACCGGCCAGGAUGGCUCAUAUCUAGCCGAGCUUCUCCUCGAAAAGGGCUACGAUGUCCAUGGCAUCAUCCGUCGUUCCUCCAGUUUCAACACCAGCCGUCUCAACGACCUCUACGUCGACCUCCACGAGCGCCCCACGCACUUCAAGCUGCAUUAUGGCGACCUCACGGACUCCACGAACCUCGUCUACAUCAUCGCGAACGUACGCCCCACCGAGGUCUACAACCUCGGCGCGCAGUCGCACGUCAAGGUCUCGUUCGAGAUGGCCGAGUACACGGGCGACGUCGACGGGCUCGGCACGCUCCGCCUCCUCGACGCGAUCCGCACGUGCGGGUUCGAGAAGGCCGUCCGCUUCUACCAGGCGUCCACCUCGGAGCUGUACGGGAAGGUCGUCGAGACGCCGCAGUCGGAGAAGACGCCGUUCUACCCGCGCUCGCCGUACGGCGUCGCGAAGCUGUACGGGUUCUGGAUAACGGUCAACUACCGGGAGGCGUACGGGAUGUACGCGUGCAACGGAAUCCUCUUCAACCACGAGAGCCCGCGCCGGGGGCGGACGUUCGUCACGCGCAAGAUCACGCGCGCGGUCGCGGACAUCCAUCUCGGCAAGCAGCACGCCCUGUACCUCGGCAACCUCGACGCGAAGCGUGACUGGGGACACGCGAAGGACUACGUCGAGGGCAUGUGGCUGAUGCUCCAGCAGGACCAGCCGGAGGACUUCGUGCUCGCGACGGGCGAGACACACCCCGUGCGCGAGUUCGUCGAGAAGUCGUUCGCCGUGCUCGGGUACACCAUCAAGUGGCGCGGGUCGGGCGUCGGCGAGGAGGGCUACGACGAGAAGACGGGGCGCGUGCUCGUCAAGGUCGACGAGAAGUACUUCCGGCCCGCAGAGGUCGAGUUGCUGCUGGGCGACCCUGCGAAGGCGGAGAGGCUGCUCGGGUGGAAGCGCAAGGUCGACUUCGACUCGCUUGUGAAGGAAAUGGUCAGCGAGGACCUCAAGGCGUCAAGCAACCUGAUCGAAAACCAGAACUGAACGAUGUAAUAUGUAGCUUGUCUUGUUAUGGAGGGAAGAGAGGCGCUCUUUGCUUCUUACCUUUGCGGAUAUAUGCUACGGGACGACGACCAUGUGGUAGUUAACGUGCCGUUUGUUUGAAUACCCGUACAGCGGGCUCAUCUCAUGGUACUAUGUUCGCUUCGAUACCACAUCGGUGCGCCCGCCUUCACGAAGUGCCAGACCUCACGAUGAGCAUCCAAUAGACGUUCUCAAUCCAAGAAAUCCUUAUACGCCUCCGUCCAAGCCUUCUUACCACCCGCCUCGAUCACAUCCCCAUGGCAAGGGAUGAUGCGGUCGAAGUCCCACUGCGCAACUGUCUUCGCGUCGCGCCUCAUCGCCUCUUUGUCCUGGCCCAGCCACCACACCGUCUUCCUGUUCGCCCAGCUGAAUGGAUUCCAGCUGCUCCACGAGAAGAAGGGGGUGCCGCCUGCUAGAGAGUACUGCUCGCUGGCGGGGAAGUUGAAGAGGAGGUCGGCCUGAAUGAGCGUUCUGGAUGGCUUGUGCAGGAACGCGACGUCUUUGUUGUGGAAGCCGGAGAAAUAGCAGUGCUCAAUGUCAUCUUCGAAGCCGUACUUCGUGUGGGCCGGGUCCGCCCCCCAUGCUCCUCCGUCAAACUUGAGGCCAGAAGCGACCACCUCCUUCCUGGUCUUCGCAGCGUCCACAGCUAUCACUCUGGCUUCCGGGAACUCCUUCUUGUAUUCAGGGAGAAACAAGUGGUGGUACAUAUCCGCACCGACGAUCCACCUGACUGGGCCCAGUUCCUUGAUCUUCGCCUUCGUAGGGUUAUUGAGCGGUGUGGAUGCGAGGACCCAGACGUCUCCGUUACGAAGUAUGAUCGCUGUAGACCUUCCUCCGACGGGGAAGAGGUUCAUCACCGAGAAGGGGCAUGAGAACGUCCAGACGUCCUUUGUGACCUCGCGGAUGACACAGUGGGAGGCACGCAUUAGUGCUGGUGUCGCUCCGUCUUCACAGGAUAAUAUGUUGCUGAUUCACCCGAGCUCGGAGAGCGGGAUAGGUACAUGCACGUCAGGCACUGAGAGUUGAGGGCGACACGUGUCGAAUUUGAAAGAAUUGUGGGUCCAAUAUUAACGUGAGGUUCAUCAUGCGCC